CCAUGUCCGCCCGCAUCAACAUCGCCCGCCCGGCCUCUGGAGGCUACAGUCCUGACCCACACGGUUUUGCCAACUCAAGACCCUCUGCCGGCUACAGAGCCGCGAAUCCCGAUGACCCCGUAGAGAAGAUCCGGGCAUUCGCGAGCCAGGUCGAGGACUACUCUGAAAUAUACUCCCAGCCUCUCAAACCGCACCUCCCGACCAUUGGACGGUUUCUGAUUGUUGGUACGUUCUUGGAGGACUCGCUGCGUAUCAUCACGCAAUGGGGCGACCAGCUUUGGUACCUCCAAAGACACCGUCAUUUUCCAUGGGGCAUUUCCCAUAUCUUCCUGAUCCUCAACGUCAUCACUAUGCUUGUUGGUUCGGGAGCCGUGAUCACGAAAAGAUACACUGAAUACGCGGUUGGCGGCCUUCUUGGUGUCGUCAUCAUCCAAGCAUUGGGUUAUGGCCUGAUUUUCGACCUCAACUUUUUCCUCCGUAACCUGAGUGUCAUCGGUGGUCUGUUGAUGGUCUUCAGCGAUUCGAUGUACUCGCGCAAGAAGCUCUUUGCUGGCCUCCCCACACUGUCAGAGAAUGACCGCAAGAAAUACUUCUUGCUCGCGGGCCGCGUUCUCCUCAUCUUCCUGUUCAUCGGGUUCAUCCUCCGUGGACAGUGGAGCAUUGCCCGGUUCUUUGUCUCCAUCAUCGGUCUUGUGGCAUGCAUUAUGGUUGCUGUCGGCUUCAAGGCGAAGUGGUCCGCGGCGUUCCUGGUCGUGACCUUGAGUAUCUUCAACGUUUUCAUCAACAACUGGUGGAGCGUCCACUCCGCCCACCCGCAACGCGACUUCCUUAAGUAUGACUUUUUCCAGACGCUAUCUAUCGUUGGUGGCCUUAUUCUCCUCGUCAACAUGGGCCCCGGUGGUCUGUCAGUGGACGAGAAGAAGAAGACCUACUAGGCGUCUACCGGCGUCAGAGUGGUGCGGUGCGCUGUCUGCAGAGGCGCGCAUCCCUCAAUAUGGGACAAGUGUACCCACCGUGGCACAUGGAAGGACCAGGGUAUGGUGGGGCAGCUGGUUUCUCUUGUAUCUUUCGCAAAAACAAGGCAUGGCGGGGACCGUUCUCCGAUAUGAUUAAUUUAGCUCUACCUUGCUGCCGACAUAGGCUACCCAGCGGUAUGAUCACCCCAUGACCAGGACAUGCACGCAAGCUCCGAUCGUAAUGUUAGAACAUUAAGCAUGAGCCUCGUGAGUGGUGCUAGUGGCUGAGGGAUCUCGGAGAUGAAU